AUGCAGACAAGGAGAGAUACAACGUCUGCACCACUUGGCACAGCAACAAAAACUGUAUGGCCAUUGGUAGCACUAUGUUGUUUGGGUAUAGUUGCACUUGCAAUCGCCGGAUUAAUUGUACUUGCAUUAAUUCCCAUUUAUUUACCACAGAAAACUGCAGUAGCUGCUAACUUGAUAUCUCCUAACGACAAUUUUUUUCUUCAAUAUUCGGCUGAUGUUCCAUAUGCUUCAAGUGUAACUGGUAAUGUGACAAAUCUUGCCCAAGUUUCUAACGCUUUAAGUUUGGGUACUUCUGGAGUAGUUACUUCUGGCUCAGCUCAAGCAGGAAUUAAACGACGAAGACGCGGCUUAAGUUCUCGUCGUCAAAAACGAACUUUAGAAACGAAUUUUCUUUUCAUAAUUAAAAUGGCUUAUUCAGCAGCAUGCGCUUCAUCAAAAUGUCAUCUGGCUCACAGAACUCGACUUCACACACGAUUAUCUUCAAUGACUAGCAUUCCUAGUUUUCCAUGCACUAUAGUGUCAGGUGGCGUAGCAUUACAGUUGAGUUUCAGUCUUUCAUUAGUCGGAAUAAUAGCGACAAGACCCGUUGGUUUUGCUGGUGAAUCAAAAACAUUUCAAUUUGUUGCCAUUAACUCCGGUGCAUUUAAUGAUCCAACAAUAUGGGCCGAUGGAAUCGUUCCAUAUGGUAAUUGUUCUGUUGCUAUAACAGCUGGUAUUACAGUAUCUCUUCCACGCCCUGCAAUGGAAAUUCGAAUGCGACGAUGCGACGUAUAUGGUACCUUAGCUUUGGGUUCCGGAAGUUCCACAUUUACAUUUAAUUUCCCAUCAAACAUAAUCGUUCGAAGUGGUGGAAUGAUUGAAGAUCAAUCAAGCAAUAAAAAAUUUCUUUUCCCUCCCAAUUCUAUCCUGACAAUACUGAGUGGCGGAAGAUUUGGUGCUCCUGGAACCAUUUUCCAAACAUACACGUCAAGUGGCCCUGGUGCAAGUGUUACAUUAUCUUCGGCGUCUGGUCCUUUUACUUGUGGCAUGCUUCCAGAUGGUAGUGUCGGAGGUUUUAAUUCAGUAACCUUUAUUGCUAUAAAAAGUGGUGGUUUUACAUCAGGAGAAACAUUUCUUGGUGGUGUUGCGCCCUCAUCAGAUGUUUGUUCCGCUGGUUGUGCUAUAGAAGUUACAGCAGGUGUUACGUUAUCAACAGCUGAUCUUAAUGGUGUAAUGACUCUGCCGAUCAAUUUAAUACAUGUAUCUCCUGGAGCCACGCUUCAAUUGGGCACACCCGGUUCAAGCAGCGGAUUCAAAUUUUCAUCGGCUAUUACCCUUGCGAUAUCAGGACAAAUGUCGUUCGUUGCCAGCGGCGGUAAUAUAAUGCUUCCACUGAACAGUAAGUUCGACAUCGCCGCUGGUGGUGCGUUCUACAGUACGAUAUCAGUCAAUAUCCAAAUAUUCAAUCCGCUUACUGGUCUAAAUAUUGGUUCUCCACAAAGUUUAGGUACAUCUAUCACCGGCGGAAGUUUUACACUGACUGUGAGUGGAACUGGAAGUUUCGAACUGACUGGCACCGCACCCGCAGCAUCUGCUGGCAGCGGUGGUGGCAGCAGCAGUGGGAGUGGCAGUACCAGUGGUAGUGGCAGUAGCGGUGGUAUCAGCAGCACACCUGGUACUAGCAGUACCGGUGGUAGUGGCAGUGGCGGUAGCGAUGCAUCGAACUCGACGAAAUUUAUUGCGAUUAUAUCCGGAGAUCUGACUGAUGCAGCUGUAUGGAGUGGCGGAGUUGCUCCAUCUGGCACGUUCUCUAUCUCGAUCCCAGCUGGUAUUACAAUUACUAUUUCAGGGGCCACAUUAAGUCUUAAAAUGGUGCGUUGCGAUGUAUCUGGUACAUUGGCCUUGGGCUCCGGUAGCGACACUUUCACAUUUACCUUCCCCCCAACCAUCAUUGUGCGAAGUGGUGGAAUACUUUUAGAUCAAACAACUAACAAAGUUAUUCGGUUUCCCUUUAAUUCUAUCAUUGCAAUACUUAGUGGUGGAGGAUUCGGUGCUACAGGAACCGUGCUUCAAAUAUUCCAAGGAGGAGUUGUUGGAGCCAGUUUCACAGUAACUCUGGCAUCCGGUCCAUUUACUUGUGGAAUGCUUGCAGAUGGCAGUGUUCAAACUUACAAUUCGGUGACAGCUAUUGCUGUAAUGAGUGGUGAUUUUACAGCAGCAGGAACUUUUCUUGGUGGUUUUGCACCAUCAGCAGACAUCUGUUCCGGUGGUUGUGGUAUACAGGUUAUCAAAGGCGUUACAUUAUCCACAGCAGGCCUCAAUGGCGUUUUAAAUUUUAAAAUCACUUCCAUAGCUGUUGCAAUUGGAGCGACGUUUCAAUUAGGAACACCUGGUGCAAGUACUGGUUUUAAAUUUAAAUUUCCCAUUACACUUUCUAUAUUUGGUGGUAUGUCAUUUGUUUGCAGCGGCGGUUAUAUCAUGCUUCCUCCGGGCAGCGAGUUCGAUAUCUCUGAUGGUGGUGAGUUUUCUAGCAGUAUAUCAGUAAGUAUUGAAAUAUUCGAUCCAUUGACUGGUCUUGCUAUUGGUCCGUUACAAACCUUGGGUACACUUAUCAGUGGUGGAACGUUUAAGCUGACUGUUAGUGCAAGUGGAAGCGUAGCAACGGGUGGCACAGCUGGUGGAUUGGGCUCGAUUACUUUUCUGGCGAUAGGAUCAGGGGAUCUCACUGAUGCAACUGUAUGGGGUGGCGGAGUUGCUCCAUCUGGCACGUUCUCUAUCUCCAUCCCAGCUGGUAUUACAAUUACUAUUUCAGGGGCCACAUUAAGUCUCGAAAUGGUGCGUUGCGGUGUAUCUGGUACAUUAGCCUUGGGCUCCGGUAGUGACACUUUCACAUUUACUUUCCCCCCAACGAUCAUUGUUCAAAGUGGUGGAAUACUUCUAGAUCAAACAAAGAACAAAGUUAUUCGGUUUCCUACAAAUUCUAUCAUUGUAAUGCUCACUGGUGGCGGAUUCAGUGCUACAGGAUCCAUGCUUCAAAUAUUUCAUGGAGAAGUUGCGGGAGCCACUUUCACAGUAAGCUCGGCAUCUGGUCCGUUUACUUGUGGAAUGCUUGCAGAUGGCAGUAUUGAAACUUACAAUUCGGUGACAGCUAUUGCUAUAAACAGUGGUGGUUUUAAAGCAGCAAGAACAUUUCUUGGUGGUUUUGCACCUUCCGCAGACAUUUGCUCUGGUGGCUGUGGUGUACAGGUUAUCGGAGGCGUUACGUUAUCCACAACAGAUCUCAAUGGCGUAUUAAAUCUUAAAAUUACUUCCAUAACUGUUGCAAUUGGAGCGAUAUUUCAAUUAGGGACACCUGGUGCGAGUACUGGUUUUAAAUUUAAAUUUCCUAUUAAACUUUCUAUAUUGGGUAGUAUGUCAUUUGUUGGCAGCGGUGGUUACAUCAUGCUCCCUCCAGGCAGCGAGUUCGAUAUUGCUGAUGGUGGUGAGUUUUCUAGCAGUAUAUCAGUAAGUAUUGAAAUAUUCGAUCCAUUGACUGGUUUUGCUAUUGGUCCGUUACAAGCGUUGGGUACCCUUAUUAGUGGUGGAACUUUUACGCUAACCAUUAGUGCAAGUGGAAGCGUAACAAUCGGUGGGACAGCAGGUCGUGGCACAACUACGGAAAUGCCAUUCUCGACCAGUAUGAUGGGUUAA